AUGCUCGGUGCGUUCGGGGCUCAUGGUUUGAAGAAACGCAUUGCCGAUCCCCAAAGAAUUGCGAACUGGUCUACGGCAGCUCAUUAUCAGUUGAUUCACAGUGGAGUCGUCCUCCUUGCAACCAGCGUUGCUCCGAAGAACAAGAUUGCGGCAUCUCUCUUCCUUGCUGGAAUGACCAUGUUCAGCGGGAGCAUCUAUCUACUAGUCCUUGAUCCGCAACGCUUCAAGGCUCUCGGUCCAGUAACGCCCUUGGGCGGACUGUGCUUGAUUGCUGGGUGGGCAGCUCUGGCUUUUGGUAGCAAAGGCAGACUGAUUCGGUAG